AUGGCUCGACCACAAAACAAUGUCGACGAUGCCAUCCAUCCUGUGCAGUCUCGUGGCGGAGGUGGAGGGGUCUAUACAUUGAGGAGCAGGGAAGCCACCGGUGUUGGAAGCCUUCCAGCCAAAAACCGUGGCUUGCGCCCGGAACUUGAUGACAUCGACGCCGAGGCCAACGAGGCCGACGAGCGAGACAUCAAAACAAAGCAGGGCUUCUCCGGCUGGAAGUUGACUUGGCUUGCCUACCAAUCCGUAGGAGUCAUUUAUGGCGACAUCGGCACCAGUCCUCUAUACGUGUAUUCAUCCACUUUCACAGCUGAUCCUAGCGACGCUGACCUGCUUGGCGCUUUGUCGCUGAUCAUUUGGUCUCUCACCAUCAUGGUUAGCGUCAAAUACUGUCUCAUUGUCCUGCGGGCGGACGACGAAGGCGAGGGAGGUACAUUCGCUCUCUUCUCCCUUCUGUCCCGAUACGCCAAUAUUGUUCGCCGCGAUCAACGCGAGGAACAAAUGGUCAGAAUGAAACGUCACGUCACCUCAGAACUGGGAAAGCCGGCCCGCACGGCACGAGAUUUCAUGGAGAGAUCCCGUGCAAUACAAUGGUUCCUGAAGGUCGUCGGUAUCCUAGGUGUUGCCCUCGUCAUGAGUGACGGCGUGCUCACACCGGCUCAGUCAGUCCUAGGUGCAAUUCAGGGCAUCGAAGUGGUGUCACCUGGAAUCAGCAGUGCCACCAUCAUCGGCUCUUCCUGCGCAAUUUUGGUCGCGCUGUUCUUGGUUCAGCCGUUUGGCAUCACCAAAUUGGCGAGCACCUUCGCUCCUAUCGUCAUUAUCUGGUUACUGUUCAAUGCGGUCUUCGGUAUCUACAACCUUGCUCGCCACGAUGCGUCCGUCCUGAAGGCUUUCUCUCCUUACUUUGCGGGAGCCUACCUUGUGCGAAACAAGCAAGAAGGUUGGAAGAGCCUCGGGGGAAUUCUACUUGCGUUCACUGGCUGCGAAGCACUCUUCGCCGACCUCGGAGCCUUUACUCAACGUGCUGUCCAGCUUUCAUGGCUGGUCUUUGCCUUUCCUUGCCUUUUGCUUGGCUACAUUGGACAAGCUGCCUAUAUUUCCGAUGACCGCAGUGCCUGGACCAAUCCGUUCUACAAUACGGUUCCUCCAGGGUGCUUUUGGCCAUCACUCAUCAUUGCCAUCCUGGCGGCUAUCGUUGCGAGUCAAGCUAUGAUCACGGCAUGCUUCCAGCUCCUCACACAAAUACAAAAACUAUCAUACUUCCCACAGAUCAAGAUUGUGCACACAUCGAAGACCUUCCACGGCCAGGUCUAUAUUCCUUUCGCAAAUUGGCUACUUAUGAUUGGCACUGUCAUUGUCACUGGCGUCUACACGAAUACUACAAACCUUGGCCAUGCGUAUGGUGUCUGUGUGAUCCUUGUAACAUUCAUCACGACGAAUAUGGUGGCCGUGGUGGCCCUGAUCGUUUGGCGCGUCCCAGCGAUUAUCGUGGGGAUUGUGUGGCUGAUCUUUGCUCUCUGGGACGGUAUGUUCCUGUCUGCUGCGUUGACCAAAGUACCUCAGGGCGCCUGGUUCACUCUGGCCCUCGCUAUGGUCCUGGCCUGCAUUUUCGUCUUGUGGAGAUUUGGCAAAGAACAACAGUGGCACUCCGAGGCCUCGGACCGCUUCCCUCCCUCGCACAUGCUCCGUACUAUUGAAAGUACGAGCGAUUUCAGCCGGAAGCUCAAACUCACGCCAGCGUUUGGCGGGCAGGAGAUCACCCACAUCAAUGGCUUUGGGAUCUUCUUCGACAAGGCUGGCGCUCCCUCCACGACGCCCACGGUCUUUACGCACUUCCUUCAACGAUUCCACGCAGCUCCUGAUGUCAUUGUCUUUUUCCACCUCAGACCGCUGCAUGUACCCACCGUUCCACCCGAAGAACGAUACAAGGUGACAUGGUGCUACAUCGGGAAUGAAGGGGACAGCAAACGCCCUAUGCCCAAUUGCUUCCGUAUCAUCAUCCGUCAUGGGUACAAUGAUGAAAUCAUCACACAGAACUUGGGCCUCCUUCUCUACGAACAGAUUCGAGACUUUGUCAUUCGGGACGGCGUGCACGAUCAGCCCUUCCAUGGCAGCGGUCCAGUCGACCCUGCGAAGAAGGAAACUGUCUUCGGGGAAAGAGUCGUGAAGUCACCGAGGCCUUCGUCCCAGCAUUCAGAAAUCGCAGAGCGGUUGGCCGAGUUGCAGCUCGCCUAUGACAGUCAGGUCGUCUAUGUGGUCGGGAAGGAGCAAUUGCGCGUCAGGCCUGGAACCAAUAUUGUCAGAAGAGCUCUGCUGGAAAUGUUCUUGUGGAUCAGGGAGAACACGAGGUCCAAGGUGCAAGCAUUAAACGUGUCGGUGGACAAACUUGUAGAGGUGGGAUUCGUGAAAGAAGUGUGA